AUGACAACGCCGGAGGCCAAAAAGCUCAAUUUGGAUGUCCCAAAGUAUGCCUCGGUGGAGUUCCCGUUGGUGGUGAAGAAUGUUGAUAGGGCUAUCGAGAUGAUUGGGGGUGAAGACUCUAUCAGCCGGUCGUUACUGGGAUCCUCUCAGAUACAAUUGAAGAUGAGACCCGAGGACCCAUUUGAGCACCCGAUCCACUCGGCGUGUCUCAAUACUGAGAAUAUUCUGUUAGAGGUUAAAGUGCCGAAAAGUGUGCUGAGGAAACACGCUGAUUUGUCUUCAGCUCUUCACGAAUGCCAGAGAAACGGGAUAAAAUACAAGGUCGGCGUUGCUGCUAUAUUAAACAAGUCGUUUAGAUUCAGAGAGCUUUCUGACUUCCAAAUUGUUACCAAGAAUUCCAAGUUUGCGGACGAGUUUGAAAAAUCGCUCCUCAAUGGAGAUCUGGAAGAGAUCAAACAGUUUAGUGCUGGUUUAGACCACUAUACCCAACCUUUCCCAGACGAAAGUCUGGAUCUACCUCCGCCCCCGAGAUUUGCGCGAACCAACGUUCCUUUCAGUUAUCAGUAUAUGGGCAAUCCUGUCACAUCCUAUAUCAACGAGCACGGUGAGAUUGCGGUCACUUCAAAGAGACAGCGUGCGAAGUUAUGGACCAUCUUCAUAGACUGGGACGAUCCCGUUCCAGUCGACUGCAACGAUGAAUUAAAGAACCAGAAACUUGCUGCUGAGCAAGAAGUUAGGUUGCUGAGAGAGUCUGGAAAUGAGAGGCUGUUACAAUCCUCCAACAGCAAUUUUCUGCUGGAGUCCAUCAGUCUCCUGAAUGACCUGUUCCAGCUGAAACCCAUAUGGCUCAGAAGACAUUUGCAUUGGAUCUUCCCGAAGCAUUUGCGAGGCAUUCUGAAAAGUGCUCUCCCGUUUGUGGCCUAUUCUAGUAGAAAGGGUCCGUGGAGGCAAUCCUAUGUGAGAUUUGGUUAUGAUCCGCGUACCGAUCCCAAUGCCGUGAACUACCAGGUAGAAUCGUUCCGGAUUCUUGGGGUAUCGACUGACGAGGUUAGACUAGACCCAGACAUACAACUUGCCGAGGAUAACCUGGUAGUGCCCUUGACCCUACAGUCCUCUGGUCAAAACCUGCCGAGACAAUUCAUCUUUGACGGCGAAUCCACUCCAGGAACCACCAGUUUCCAUCUCGGAGAUAUACUGGAUCCGGAUAUACGGAGCAUCAUUGAGACUGGGAAAUCCACAGUUUGCACCGAGAGCUCUGGGUGGCUGACCUGGCCUGCGAUUUGCCUUUUGCAGAGUGUCAUGAGAUACAAAAUCAACUGUCUGUUCAAGAAUGAGCCCAUAGUACCCUCCAAACUGGAGAAGAUCAAAAAUAAACCGGUUUAUCCCGAACAACGCACCGAGAAGGGAUCCGAUGAGUCUGAGGAUGCCGAAAAUGAUAAUGACGAAGACGACGACGAAGAUGACGAAGACGACGAAGAACCUGCUGUUCUGAACUCACAGGCCAAGCAUGAUGUGUUUACACGGCUACGGCUGUUCAAUCCAGAGGCAUACCAGGAACUAAGUAAAUUAUCUGGGUUCUUGAAGCAGGAGGAUCUAAUGGACUUGGCUAGCCCAGGUCUCGAGUAA